CCCGGAAAUGGGUGUUGAGAGGACUGGAGGAGGUGGGGGAGAGCCGAGAGAGAGUUGAGGACUUACCCUUUGCUGCCCCUCGGAGCUAGGCUGUGCGGGGGAGUGAGUGAGGAGAGACUGGGGUCCACAUUAAAGGGGAGUCCCGGGCGGGAACCCAACCAGAGCGAUCCAGAGGGAACUGUGAGGUGGCGCCGGCAUCCAGGUCUCCCUGUGGGUCCCGCUCUGGUAGAAUUGGUGUCUGUUAAACAUGGCACUCGCUCUUUCUCUUGCGAGGACUGAGCUUGUCAGCAGCAAACAGUAUGUUGCUGUUGUGACUUGAGGGUCGUCUUGCCCCCGCGCACCUCCUCUGCCUUGUAGCACCUCUACCGUCGUCCCAGCAUCUCACUUGCAAUGAAAUCAAAUGAUCAGGGACCAGCAUUUGCCCUUGGUCUCUUUUACCACAGCGGGGAUGGACACAAGCAGAAGAUAUGAAAAUAAGGCUGGCAGCUUCAUCACCGGAAUUGAUGUUACCUCCAAGGAAGCCAUUGAAAAAAAAGAACAGCGAGCUAAGCGCUUUCAUUUCCGAUCAGAAGUAAAUCUUGCCCAAAGAAAUGUAGCCUUGGACCGAGACAUGAUGAAAAAAGCAAUUCCCAAAGUGAGACUAGAGACAAUCUACAUUUGUGGAGUAGAUGAAAUGAGUACCCAGGAUAUCUUUUCCUAUUUUAAAGAAUAUCCUCCAGCACACAUUGAAUGGUUGGAUGAUACCUCCUGUAAUGUGGUUUGGCUGGAUGAAAUGACAGCUACACGAGCCCUUAUCAAUAUGAGCUCUCUGCCAGCCCAGGAUAAGAUCAGAAGCAGGGAUGCCAGUGAAGACAAGUCAUCUGAGAAAAGUAAAAAAGACAAGCAUGAAGACAGUUCAGAUGAUGACGAGGCUGAAGAAGGAGAAGUUGAAGAUGAGAACUCAAGUGAUGUAGAGUUGGACACAUUGUCUCAGGUAGAAGAAGAGUCUCUGUUAAGAAAUGAUCUUCGUCCAGCUAACAAACUUGCUAAAGGAAAUAGGUUAUUCAUGAGAUUUGCUACAAAAGAUGACAAAAAGGAACUUGGAGCAGCCAGAAGAAGUCAGUAUUACAUGAAAUAUGGGAAUCCAAAUUACGGAGGCAUGAAAGGAAUUCUUAGCAAUUCUUGGAAGCGAAGAUAUCAUUCCCGUCGCAUUCAGCGGGAUGUGAUCAAGAAGAGAGCCCUGAUUGGGGAUGAUGUUGGCUUGACGUCAUAUAAACACCGACAUUCCGGUAGUUGCCUGCUCAGCUCUUGGGAAACAUUAGUGAAUGUUCCUGAGGAACCUAUUGAGGAGGAGGAAGAGGAGGAAGAGGAGGAGGAGGAAGACCAGGACAUGGAUGCAGAUGACAGGGUGGUGGUAGAGUACCAUGAGGAGCUUCCAGCUCUUAAGCAGACCCGGGAGCGGAGUGUGUCUAGGCGGUCCAGUGCCAGCAGCUCAGACUCAGAUGAAAUGGACUAUGAUCUAGAACUGAAAAUGAUUUCCACUCCUUCACCAAAGAAAAGCAUGAAAAUGACUAUGUAUGCCGACGAAGUAGAAUCUCAACUGAAAAAUAUUAGGAACUCCAUGAGGGCAGAUAGUAUACCCACGAGCAAUAUAAAAAACAGAAUUGGUAACAAAUUGCCACCUGAGAAAUUUGCAGAUGUCCGACACCUGUUAGAUGAAAAACGCCAGCACUCCCGUCCACGGCCACCAGUCAGCAGUACUAAAUCAGAUAUACGACAGCGGUUAGGAAAAAGACCAUAUUCUCCAGAAAAGGCUUUUAGUAGUAACCCAGUGGUUCGGAGAGAGCCCUCUUCAGAUAAAGAUGAGCUCAUAUAA